CGGCGGAUGUUGUUCUGGCGCCGAGGACUACAGGCGGCAAGAUGGCGUCCAGCGACUGGAAGCCGGGAGGCGUUUUCGACCACCACGUCCAGACGCCUGUGUGUGACUCGCGGGCCAAAUACCGGGAGGGCCGACGCCCUCGCGCCGUCAAGGUAUAUACAAUCAAUUUGGAAUCUCGAUACUUACUAAUACAAGGAGUUCCUGCGGUAGGAGCCAUGAAGGAAUUAGUUGAGCGAUUUGCUCUCUAUGGUGCGAUUGAACAGUAUAACGCUCUUGAUGAAUAUCCAGCUGAAGACUUUACAGAAGUUUAUCUCAUUAAAUUUGUGAAAUUACAAAGCGCAAGGACAGCUAAGAAGAAGAUGGAUGAGCAGAGUUUCUUUGGUGGCUUACUGCAUGUGUGCUAUGCUCCAGAAUUCGAGACAGUUGAAGAAACUAGGAAAAAACUACAAGAGAGAAAGGCUUAUAUUGCAAGAGUUACUAAAAACAAAGAUUAUUACUUGACAAAGAAGAAACUGGCUCCAGAGCAAAAAGGAACAAGAGAGUCUGGACAAGAUUUCCAUCCACAUAUGACUGGAUUAUGUACAACAGCUUCAAACACUUCUCCCGCGAACUCGAGUCCUUAUCUUCCUUAUUCUUGUGAAUUGCCUUUAUGCUAUUUUGCCUCCAAGAGUGCAUGUUCACCUGAGGAGCAUGUGGAAAGAGCAUCGGACUCCUGUGAUAGUGCUGGGCACCACAGUGAACUCCUGAAGCAUCAUGACUGCAAUGCCUUUGCGCCAGGACUACAGAUGAACACUUACAGAAACUCAGUACCUUGCUCUAGUGUGCAAGAGGCCGUCACUACCUCAGAGGCGGUUGGCAGAUUCAUGCCUAGGACAAUGCAGCUGCAGGAGAGGAAGAGGCGACGAGACUGUGACCAUGAGCUUGGAACUUUUGAAACAAACACGGGCUGUAAUGAAGUCUUGAUUGGCCCUAAGCUACCUGAUAUCCCCUCCGUGGAUCUGCAGGACGACUCCUUAAAUACAACAGCAGACUUAAUUCGCAGUAAACUUAAAGAGGUGAUUUCAUCUGUGCCUAAGCCUCCAGAGGACAAAUUGGAAGACAUGUGUACAAGUCAACCACGAAAACAAAGAAGAAGAAUAUAGCUUGCCAGCAGGGAGUAGUCUUGUCUUGUCUUUUUUCUUUUAAGUCAGGGUCUCCCUGGAGAGCCCUGGCUGGCCUGGAACUCACUAUGUAGACCAGGCUGGCCAUAAGACUCUGUCCCGUGAGUGCUAGGAUUAAAGGUGUGUGCCACCACACCCAGAUAAAUUGGCAUUUUCUGGUACAGAUUCUUUUUUAUGUUUAUCCCAUUUUAAUUCUUUAGGAUUCUUACUAUUGCUAUUUUAAAGGGUUUGUUGUUUUGUUUUGUUUUGUUUUAACUGCUUGCAGAUGUUCCCAUCUUUUUGGAUCACACUCAGUUUGGCAGAAACUGUUCUUUUCACACCAUAUUAGUUCUUAUGUUACAAUAUGUAAAUUGAUUGAAACAUAUAAAAAUCUAUAAUGCAAAUAAAGGCAUUCAGGAUCUGGCUUUAAUUCAAAUACUGAGCAAUUUGUGUUCAAAAACUUGCAGGCAUUUUGUUUUUGAAUAUCAGGGUUUCAAAAUGAAGGCAGCUCUGUAAGGAAAAAUGUCAAUAAAUGUUAGAACAAAGUUGAUAUGAGAAACAUACACGAUUUUAACUUCUAAGAAUAACUCGCAUGAACCACAGCCAUCUAAACACUAAUCCAUUUUGGAAAUUCCAGAUUUCUAUACUUGUCAUCGUGUCUGUACUUCUCUCCCAUCAAUGGACCCUGUACUUUUGUUCAUACCAUUUCCAUUUUCCUUUCUGGGAGAAAUAAACCCAGAAGGCAUGUGCUGUGUGCAUGUCAUUUCUCACCCUGAGGAGCCUCUGUCAGUGGUUGUAUGUGGCCAUGUUGAACAAGGCUUACUUCAGUUGCCAGGGUGGCUUUUCAGUGCUGAUGAUGCCUCAGGAACCUGCCAGCCAGGGGUUCUGCGUGCAUGAGAGGUGAUGACGCCGACUGCUGUGCUGAAAUCUCGGGUCAAAGCCAUUUAAUGGCCUGUGACACACGGAGCUUGGAAAGAGCAAAUGCUACCUGGACCAGGCUGCGCAGCUAUGGAGUGCUGUGUGUGUCUAUCUCAGGACGCUCUUAAAUGCGGUGAUAAUGGUGGGAGGCAGAAUAGGAAUUUUUUUAGUGGUAACUGAAUUGCAUUUUUACAAGUUGAAAUCGUUUUGAGAGAUUGAAUUAUACUGCUAAAAAAUGGUUACAAAGAUACUUUUCUUGUGGAGAUCCAAGAACUUCUCUUAUCGCCCUCAUGGGAGGAGCUUUUACAUGGGUUCUCUGUUCAUGAGUGUCCUCCGUGUGUGUGUGUGUGUGUGUGUGUGUGUGUGUGUGAGAGAGAGAGAGAGAGAGAGAGCGCACACUUGUGUUACUGUCAGUGCCAGAGGUGAUCCUUGGUAUCGUUCCCUCCCAGACAUUCACUGUUUUUGAGACAGGGUCUCUUAGUGCGACCUGGCACUUGUCAGUUGGGCUAAGCUGGCUAGCCAGGAAGCCCCAAGAUCCUCCUACCUCUCUGCCUUCUGGGUGCUGGAUUACAAGCACAUUCCGCCAUGCCCAGCUUUUACAUGAGUGUUGGGAACUGAAGUCGGGUUCUCUGCUUCCUGGGAAGCCCUUUAGUAACUGAGCUCUCUCCCACACCCUUAGUCUCUUAAAAUUAAGCCUUUUAUACACUGGUUGAUAGCAGUUGGGCUGGAAGAUGUUCUAGCACUUAAUCUACUUGCUCAGUCUCCUCUCGGUGUUCUGUCGUGUAAGCAACAUAAUAUAUUCUGGUUUGGGUUUGGGAAAGUGUGUCUCCAUACUUACAGAAGAUAGGGAUUGUGUGUGCCCAAAGAGGGAACAAAUUUAAUCAGAGUCUGUUAGCUAGAAUUACUGAAAUAGUCAGUGAUGUCAUCUUUAGCCCCAAACUGGAAAGGGGCUAAUGGCUUUAUGACUGUCUUCAAUUUGGCAGUGGGCUGAAGCUAUGAAGGUGAGAGUCUAUCAUGUAUUAUUUUCUAAUUAAAAUGUUUUCUUAAUUGGGCCAGCAAUUAAGGGGAAAAAAUGGCUCCGUGCAUAAAGGCACUUGCUUUAAAACCUACUUGGCUGGGUGCAGUGGCACAUGCCUGCAACCCCAGCACUCAGGGAGGCAGAGGUAGGCAGAUCUCUAUGAGUUUGAGAUCAGUCUACAAAGUGAGUCCAGGUCAGCCAAGGCUACACCAAGAAACUCUGUCUCGAAAAACCACACUUCCCUGGGGUCCACAUGGCCAGAGAGAACAAGACUCCUACAGAUUGUCUUCUGACCUCCACACAAGCAUUAUGGCAUGUCCUAGGUUACUAGUAUUGUGAUAAAACACCAUGAUCAAAAGCAAGUUGAGUAGGAAAAAUUUUAUUUGGCUUAUGCUUGCUUCCACAUUUACAGUCCAUCACUGAAGAAAGUCAAAACAGGAGCUCAAGCAGGGGAGGCAGGAGCUGAUGCAGAGGCCAUGGAGGAGUGCUGCUUAUUGGCUUGCUCAUCAUGGCUUGCUCAGCCUGCUUUCUUAUAGAACCCAGGUCCACAAGCCCAGCAAUGCCACCACUUAAAAUGGGCUGGGCCCUCCCCACAUUAAUCACUAAUUUUAAAAAUGCCUUACAGCUGGAUCUUUUGGAAGGCUUUUCUCAGCUGAGGCUCCCUCUCAGAUGACUCUGUGUUAUGUUGACAUAAAACUAGCCAGCCCAUGGAAUGUGCACCACACACAGAGAGACAGACAAUAUUCUAUAAUUUUAACGAAAAAUUUCCUCCACCCACUUUAAGCUUUUAGUAUAUGUAACUCUACCUUUGUAUCUGGUAAACAUGGUCCGAACACCUCCAACAGAAGUUGGUCUUUUUUCACUGCUCUUUCAAAGUCUGCAAAGGAGAUCUUGUCAUCAUUGUCGUAAUCCUAGAGAGAAAGGUGAUUUUGUGAUAAAUGAUAAGUCUCUUUAAUUUUGCCACAAAAAACUAGCUAUCUAAGACUGCUGAGGAAAAUCAUAAGUUCGCUUUCCUGAAGAUAUUAUUUAUACAAAUCUAUGGGUAUUUAUUACUAGAUGUCACUGAUUUAUUAUUCUAACCAGAGCCACCUUAGCCAUACACAAUACAGCCCUAUUAAUGACACGUCCUGGAAUUGAGGAAUACUGCAAAACAAUCGGGGAACCAUAGUAACAUUCUUCCCUUUUUUGCAACUAAUUAAGUCUCAGACUUUUUGAGCAUAAUUUUAUUUUUCAAAAGCAGCUUAUCAGGCAGGAAGGAUAGCUGUUAAGCGUGAGGCAGUUGGAGUGGCUGUCCAGGCUGGACUACAGUCACAGAAUGGAGGCUGCAGGCUCUUGCUGGAAUGUGGGUAUAUGGGGUAUUGAAUAUUGGCUGAGAUCUGUAAGUAGGGGUGUGGGGAGCAAUCACGUGAAUUACAGUGGAAGCCAGGGGUGCGAGCCAGUGCAGUGUUCUAGACAAGGCUUCUGAGCAGAGUCAGGGACUCUAUGUGAAGUUCAGGUGCUCUGAACUGCUGCUUCAGACUGGAUUGGAAAAGAUGACCUUGAGUUUUUCAUUUUGGGACAUAAAUUCAGAACCUAAUCUAGAGAAAAGUAUGAGUGGCCAUCAAAAUAAGGAAUAAGGUGUAUUCCGUAAACAUUUCCUUCUGGGAAAGGAAUCUGGGAACAUCUUGGCAUCUGCACUCAGCCUGAACAGUGACUACUAUGUCUAAAAGAGCACAUUCUGCAGGCGUUAGACACUGAUCUUUCUACUCUCUGGGUCUCAUCUUUCUUCCCCAAUUCUGUCUCUGUCUCUCUGUCUGUCUCUCUGUCUUUUACAGAGACGAGGGAGGAGAGAGAGGAGAGGGGUGCUGGUCUUGAACUUGCAAUCCUUUAGACAUCUAAGUGCUGGAAUUGCAGGCAUGUACCACCAUGCCUAGCUGUUUCUUCCCUGAGUAUCUGAGUAAUGCCAGUGAUGUCGGGCUGCCCAGGGUUCACAAAACCUCACUCAAAACAGUUCAGGGUUCAUUUAAGAAAAGAGCGGACAUCACCAUUCCUGUAAUUAGGAGCCACUACUCUAAGGUUUAUUGCAGGGUGAGUUUCUGUGCUUCUGUUUUUCUCAUCUGCAGCAUGGAAAUAAUAGUUCUGAUGAUCAAAUGAAUGAAUAGAGGGCAGUCAUUGUGCAGCCCAUAGCCUUAUGUCCUGCUUACCAUCUUCUUCAGGGUUAGAUCUAUCAACUCCUUUAUUCCUUCCUCAUUCUCUUCAGAAGACUGCUGGGAGAGACUGUUCUUCAGCAUGUCAAAAAUUUUUUCCCGGGAAAUAUAACCAUCUCCAGUUAAAUUAUAAACUUCGAAACAGACUUUAAAGAAUUGAACAAAAUACUAUUAGUUAUUUCAGCACACGGUAAUAAAGGAUUAAUAUACGAUUAUCAAUCUGAUCCCCUAUAUGGUAGAGUUUUAUAAUAACGUGCUUCUUCUUAAUUUCCUUCCACAGGAUUAAAUACCCCCUGGGAGAUUAAAGAACAACUCACAGCUCCUGCAUUUGGGGUUUGAAACUGUUAUCAAACUGCAAAUAAAGGAAGUCGAUUUUUUUUAA